AUGUCACUUGCCAGGCUCAACGCAUUUCAGCAGGCUGAGGUGCUUCAAGUCGUCUUCAAAACUACGGCGUCUUCCACGGCACCAUUGCUGCUCCUGGAGAGCUUCGUAAUAGGCGUCCUCUGCGCAUGCAUACCACUGGGGACGUACUUGCUUUGGGUCAGGCCGCAUUCGUUUUCGUGCGCGCCUUUUAUCUCGCUUCCCUGGAUCGUUCUUGUCACAUUGUUCUCUCAUUGGAUCGCUUCAAUACGACAACUCGAAGGCAUUCUCACUGGACAAUCCUUGGGAAUCUCACUGACGGUCGACGACGUAUACCGUGUCGCUUCGGCCCACGCUGCGAGCUCUGGAGUUCAUGAUCUCGGGGACUCCUACCUAUACUACGGUGAAGCAUGGGAGUUCUUUCUCCCCCUCGUAACCGAGACUGUGCUCUUUGGAUUCUCCACGACUUUAUUCGUAAUCGCAGCCUACAUAAGCUUUAAAAACUAUCGCUCAUACCAAUAUUCACGCAUGGCUUCAGCAGUACAUGUCGCAAUAUUAUUCAUGUACAUUCUGUCUCUAGUGCACUGGGUCGUUCUUCUUCGAUACUUCAACCUAGCCGCCAACCAUGCCGCCUCCGACGAUCUAUCUACAUCAUCAUAUCCGGCCCAUACAGCGGCCGCCUUCAAAGUCACUCUUUUGACGCUACUCUCUUUCAACACAGUCAUGAGCGACUUCAUUGUGCUGUGGCGCGUCUAUGUUAUAUGGGAUCGGGCUCGCUCUUGGCUCGCUCUUGGUGGUGUAUGGCUCAUCAUAUUGCUGGCGUUGAAUGUUGCAAAUAUCGUCGGGAUCGCCGCCAUCCAGUUUGGACAGGGCACCUCUAUGACAGAACUCAACACGCAGGAUUCGGAGGUUCUCCCGACGUACGGGAUGAUCUACGUCGGCGUUGGUGCUGCUUUCAUGUCGCUAGCAACCAACCUAAGCGCGACCCUGCUCGUUGGCUUGAAGGCCUGGCUCCUUAGAUGGCGAAUUUACAAGCAUUUUCAUUCGAGCAGUCGCCGCACCUUCACAGAAAGGGUCAUGGAGCUUGUUGUAGAUUCUGGCAUCGCUUAUGCAGCUAUAUGGCUCGUGUACUGCAUCAGUCUUUACCGACCGAUUACCAGGUUCGUUGUCCUGGGUCAAGACCCAACGGUGAACUUUCCCGUCGUAACGACCGCGAGCCACCUUGAUGCUGCCAUGGCGCAAAUCACGUCCAUCUACCCUCUGAUCAUCUUCAUCCUCGUCGCUAUCGACAAGAUCCAUUAUCUCCGUGGACCGCAAGUUUUGCUCGAUGACGAGUUGCCAGGAAACAUGGAUACCGCUGUGACGGUGACUGUUGACGUCGUCGCGGACCGCGAUAGAAUAAUAAGAGAGGCCAAGGGUAUGCCUUACUCUGAGAGUUCGAUGCCGCGAUAA